GGAUUCAUCCGACGACGAUGCCACCAAACUUCUGCAAAAUCGAAGCAAAGAAAAUCGUCGAGCGAAGUAGAACGAUAAAAACAGCGAGACAAAUUAAUUAAGGAACCCAUUCAUAAGCGAAAGCGGUAACUCGACGAGCUUGGCGUCUUGUCGGAGAUCCGUUUUCCUUCUUAUACAAAUAUCCGCCAAAAUUCUUUUCCAUUCAUGGCAGCGUCUCGACCCCACGAAGUGGUCGGAAUUCUUUAAGAAGAGGCGAUCGCGGCUCGGUUUCAACGAUGUGUGCCCACGAAAAGCAUGGCAGUGGGGGGAUGCCAGUCGGGUUUUCACUUGAAACAGGACCAACUUGAUUGGCGGAAGUCCAGAAGGAAGGGGUUAGACUCUCAUAUAUGUUCGACCACGCACCUUGCACAACCACUUCGUGCCCGUGACACGCGGUCCAAGGAUAUAAAAAGCGGAAGGUCGAGUUCGAAUUAAAGAAAACAACGGAGAAGGGUGAAAGACAGACAUCGAAUGAGCCGUGAUAUCGCGUAGUGGUAGUGUCUUUGGAAAAAAUUAUCUUAUCGCAUCUUCGCCAUGAGGAUAACAGUGUCCAUCUUCUUGCUCCUGGGACUCGUUCUCUGCGUUCAGGGUGAACUUAUCGGUACCAAGGAGGAGGAUGAAAGUUUCCUGACCUGCGUGUUGGAGGAUAAUUCCGUGGGAUGUCUGAGUACGAGGCUAGGGAGGAACCUCGAUCAAAUCGAGAUGCAAGUGACCGGAAAGAAGAGCGAAACGCCGAUGAGUGCGGUUAUCGAGCAGGCCGGCAAUUUCGUGGCCGAAGUCAUCGACGACGUGCAAAAUCCCGGAAGAUCGGAGGAAGUCGCGGAAACCGCAGAUGCCGGUGACCAAGGUGAGAAUCGUGACGAAGCACGUGGCAAGAAAUAUGGAAAGAAAAAAAAGAAGCAGUUGCAGAGACUCCUCGGUUUGAUCAUGCUGUUCAAGGCUAAACUCGGUCUCCUACUUCAAUUGAUCUCAACGCACUUCCAGCUCAAGUUCUUCUUCAUCGCUAUCAUCACCUUGAUCCUCAACGUUGUCAAGUUUUGGAUGGACCUGAAAAAAUCUCAUCCGUCUAAGGUCAUCUAUUACGAACACGCUCAACAUCAACACCAUUACGAUCACGAUGAUCACGAUCCUAGUUACUGGGGACGAUCCUCCAACGAUCCUUCUGCUCAAAAUCUCGCUUAUUCCUCCUAUGCUCCACAAAAUCCAUAGAGGCACGAGCUGGAAAAA